AUGCACACAUGUAUAUGUACAAUGUACUGGUAUGUACUGUAGAUAACCCCCGCAAAGCACAUCACAUGACACUGACACCGUACACCAUAUUUCUGUCGCCACUAACUAAAUCCUGCUUACAUGUAUUUCUACUUCCUGUAUCAAAGUGGAUGACUUGCUACUACAUGUAAGUACAGUACAUAUGCCUUGUUUGCCUGCACAAAUACUGAUCCACUGUUCUCACCGGGAUCUCAGAGGAGAUAAAAAUGGCAACAGCUCCCCCCAAAAUCAGCAACCAUCUUGAAUGCGGCAUCUGCAAAAACCAAUGCAAACGACCCAAGAUGUUAGACUGCCAACACAACUUCUGUGAGGGAUGUCUUGAGAAAUACCACAUAAGCAGCUACAAGGGUGCUGCACAGAUUCCUUGCCCAGUCUGCAAACUGGACACAGCUCUUUCGGGGAAACACAUUCAAGGCUUGAAGACAAAUGUCCACUUGAUGGGCAUGGUUGAGGAGGCCUCCCAUCAGGAAGACCCCAAGGUCAUCUGCCAGAUAUGCGACAAGGAAAAAGAGGGUAUGCUCCGCUGUCUGGACUGCGCGCAGAACCUCUGCCCAAGCUGCUGCAAGAUACACUUGCGAUUUACUGCUGCAUCCCACCACACAGUGGCCACUCUGGAAGAAAUAUGUUUGGGCAAAGCUCCAGUGGAAAAAACGCGAGAAAAGGAUGAGCCUCAAUGCCACAAGCACAAGGGGCAGGUGCAGCAGCUUUACUGUGAGACAUGUGAAGAGUUAAUAUGCCUGGAUUGCACUGCUGUAGACCACUGUAAACCCACACACCACUACACUGAUGUGGCAGAUGCCUCCUUCAAAUAUAGAAAGUCACUGAAUGAGAUGUUUUCCAAUUUCAACGAAGACAUACAGGGAAUUGAGCAAUGCUUGGCUGCUUCAUCUCAGGCUAAGCGACAGUUAGCAAGGGAAACCCUGCAGAAUAUCAAGGCUGUGGAGGCGACGGCAGCAAGAAUUAGAGCUGAGAUAACAAAUCAAGAAAACAAGUUGCUUGAGGAAAUCAAACAAAUUGAAGAGCAGCACAACAGAUCCUUGGACAAGCAGGCGAGAUCACUGAGUGAGAUGCUUCAAGGGAAACAGCACUCACUGGAGACAGCCAAGGAUGUCACAAAUACCGCCUCAGAUGAUGACUUCCUCCACCUCUAUCCCCUUCUCAGCAAAAAUCUGGAAUCACUGAAGGGCCAAAAUCCCCCUGAUAUUGAUCCUAGCCUUUCAUAUCUGAGGUUUGCCCAGGGUAAUCCCAUCAGUGACAUCAGUCUGGGCCAGCUGGAGCUGAGGGCGGGCCAGUGGGAGAUGUGCCGUGAGAUUGGCAGACAUGGGAGAAGGCUGGGAGAGUUCCACGGGGCACGAGGUGUUACUGCAACACAACCCGGUGAAAUUGCAGUGGCAGACAGUGAGAACAAGCGAGUGGUGAUUUACAGCAAUGAGGGGCAACAUAUGAGAAAUAUUGCCCUGCAAUCAUAUCCACGUGCCGCUGCAGCUAUCUGCAGUCAUGACAGUCAGUUGGUAAUAGUGGAUGACACCAAGUAUGUCAAGAUAUUCCAGAAUGGCAAGUUGGUCAGAACGUUCACUACAGUACCACAGAUUGAGGUUGACCAAACAGACGUGGACCUACAGAGUGUAGCAGUCAAGAUGGAUGGUACCAUCAUCGUGGGUGAUGUAAAGCGGAUGGUACAGACUGAACACAGACCUGCUGAUGGAAAGCUCUUGCACACAGUACCAGUGCAAACGCAACCUCACUACCUGGCUAUUGAUGGUUGUACUGGCAGAGUUGUGAUCAGUGGAGGUAACCAACAGAAAGUGGAUGUUGCUGACAGCAAUGGUACUACACUGUCCACUGUCAAACCAACCAUCAACAGUCAGUCAGUGCAGAGCUGCCGUGGCGUAUGCUGCAACAGCUCGGGCAUCUAUGUUGCAGUGUGGAAUGGUGAGUUUGGCUCUGGCCACAUUCACCAUUAUGACCUGACUGGCAGUUUUCUUGACUGCCUGGCUAAAGAUCUGUACUCACCACAUGGCGUCACAUUCACGUCCAAUGACGAGCAGCUGGCAGUGGCUGACUGCCAUUCAGUCAAGAUGUAUCGGAAGGUGUGAUGUCAAGCAUUCAUCCGACUGACCAUUUGACAAGCAAUCCCCUUCAUCAUCAUCAACCUAAAACGAAAUGAUGAGGUCAUGAAAGCAACCACCAUCCAUCAUGUCCUCCUUGUCGUCACUGACUUUAAAAAGGCAAACAACUGUUCCUCUCUCAUCCUUAAUCAAUUUUGAUGUGGUUUAUAAAAACUGCUUAAAAUAUUUGUAAAUACGUGUACGCAUAGCAUGUUGAUAGCAGGUAAAGUGGUAUGAAUUGGACCAAAAUUUUCAAUUACAAAUCGAAUUGCUUAUGUUUGGCUUUACUUCAGAAGUUUUUUGGUCUACAUACCUGGGGACAUACAUCUUGCUAAACUGAUUCAUAUGAUGAUACAUGUACUUUAUACGAUGUUCAAAUUCAUGUGAACAUGUACGAGUAUGCAGGCUAAUGACAUGUCAGAGAAAGCAAGCCCUGGUACAUGUAGGGUUUAUCACGUUAAUUCAGCUUUUCUGUUUUUAUUCACAACAAAAACACAAAGUAUUUCAGUUUAAUAUACUAUACAACCAUCUACAUGUAGACUGCAUGUGCUUGUUCAUAAAGCUCAUUCAUUGUUGAGUCAAA